UUGCGUCACACGCAUCCGGUGUGAAAUACUCCAUUGUUUGUUUUGUUUUCGCGGAGCGAGUGUGCCGCGUGUUCGUCGGGCCCGUGUUGGUUUUAAAGUUAUUACUCGACAUGGACGACGGUGCAGAAACGGCGAUGAGAGAGGAGAAACGGAGGGGUCAGAAAGAUUGCCAUUUCAGCCGUGCUGAGAAAGAAGCUGUGGAGAGUCAGGGCAGUGACAUUGGGCUGUGCGGCUGCCUCCUGGUGCUGGUGUCAAUCCUCUUCACCCUUCUCACGCUGCCCAUCUCCAUAUGGAUGUGCAUCAAGAUCGUGAAGGAGUAUGAGCGGGCUAUAAUCUUCCGUCUGGGGCGUAUUCUGCGAGGAGGAGCCAAAGGUCCAGGUCUUUUCUUUAUACUCCCCUGCACAGAUAGCUUCAUUAAUGUGGACAUGCGUACCAUCACAUUUGACAUCCCCCCUCAGGAGGUGCUGACAAAAGACUCUGUGACAGUGAGUGUGGAUGGUGUGGUCUAUUACCGAGUGCAGAACGCCACACUAGCUGUGGCCAACAUCACCAACGCAGAUGCUGCCACCCGCCUACUGGCUCAGACUACCCUGAGGAAUGUUCUCGGUACCAAGAACCUGGCUGAGAUCCUGUCUGACCGUGAGGAGAUCGCACACAGCAUGCAGUCCACUUUGGACGAAGCGACCGAUGACUGGGGCAUUAAGGUGGAGCGGGUGGAGAUUAAGGAUGUCAAACUGCCCCUGCAGCUCCAGAGAGCCAUGGCAGCAGAAGCCGAGGCUGCCAGGGAGGCCAGAGCGAAGGUGAUAGCUGCUGAGGGAGAGAUGAACGCGUCGCGGGCCCUGAAGGAGGCCUCUCUGGUCAUUGCUGAGUCUCCCUCCGCCCUGCAGCUGCGCUACCUGCAGACCCUCAACACCAUUGCUGCUGAGAAGAACUCCACCAUCAUCUUCCCCCUGCCUAUCGACAUGAUGCAGUCCUUCCUCACGCGCUGAGCGCCACGCGCCAUACACAUAUCUCACAUACGCGUGCUCUCACAAAAGCACUCCCACAUUCUGAUGAAAAUUCAGAGGUUUUCAACAUUAGAACACGCAUGCACACUGGGGACUUGAGCAUUCAAUUCUUAUGUAACACAGGCAGACACACGCAGGAAGCACCUAAAGCAUCUCGCCCACACACACUCUUGCGGUUCUUUAGUGGUCUUUGAUUAAUUGAAAUGCUUUUAAUCUACUUUAUAGAGUAUACAUAGGGCACGACAGUGCCACAGCAGUACUGACACAAACUUUAAAAGGGUUAGAAUUUCCGAGUGCCUGUGUGAGCAUGCAUGUGUGAGUGCGUGAGCGUGCCCGUGCGCCUGCGUGAGUGUGCAUGUGAGCAUGCCCGUGCGCCUGCGUGAGUGUGCAUGUGAGUGUGUGAGCGUGCCUGUGAGUUUGCUUGCGUGUGCUUGAGUGCAUGAGUGUGUCGGUGUGUAUGAAUGUGUGGGUGUGUGCGAAUGUGCUUUGAAGCAAGAUAUGACGAAUAUAACAAGGGGCCUGAAUGGUGAUGUAAUGUAGUUUCCAGGAAAGGUACAGCAGAACAUCUGCGGACAGAAACUCUGUGUGCCUGGUUCUCUCUAAAAGAGCUGUUCCAUGUCUUUCCCUGUAAAGCCUUAAGCUGUACUCAGUUUAUACAACACCACUCUGCUAUUUUGCCAACUUGAUAAGCAAUAUGAAUUUGAUCAUUUAAAGUAUUUUUUUUUUUUAUCUGUAUUUUUUAAAUAAUUCAUUUCGGUGGCUGUAAAGAGCUCUAACCAGCUCUUACUGUGGUCCAGAUUGUUGCUCCGACCGAGCUUCAAGCUCAACAGUACCGGGAGAUUGGUGGGCUUUAUUUACCUUUAAUUUGCAUUUAUAACAUGUAGCUAACGUGCUUGUCCAAAGUGAUUUACCAAAGGGCUUUUGCCAUCUCCAACAGAGGGGUGUGUGUGGCCUCCUGGGAAAAAAUCCUGGAGGUGCUGACAGACCCCGAGGAGUGGUGUCUCAAACACCAGGUUUUCCAUGUCUACUUAAGUUACUGAAUAGUAAAUGCAGUAUUAAACAAAAAAUGGAAUGCUGUUAUACCUCUUAAACUGUCAGUCUUUGAAUGGCUGUUAGGUAGUUUGUGCAAACCAAGGUGUUCACUGAGGGUGUGAAGGACUCGCACCACAUGAUAUGAAUGUUUGGGAGGAUGAAAUGGUGCAAGGUGGAGCUGCUGUCAUUUUCCUGGGCCGUCCAGUUUUGUCUUUUGAUCAAGGCCAGUAACCUGCGGUCAUUACUGUGUGCCACAUUGCUUAUAGUCACUUACUAAUACCGUGAGCUUUACUUUUCUUUAGAUUAUUGUGGGCUCAAAUCAUACUUUGUACUUGUAUCAGUGUGGAGUGCUGCUUAAGUGAUUUAAUGAUGUUUUUAAUUUCUUCCACACUAUUGAAAACUAUUUUCAGACAUUUGAUAAUCAUUCAAGUGUACACGUGCCUCAUUUAUUUACCUGGAGGUGUGUUUGUGUGUUACUCCAUCUGCUAUAAACACAAUAACCAACUCAAA